AUGGCCUCAGAAGCACCCCCGCCGUCAGAGGCGCCCGUCCCAAGCAUACAGACGACCGAAGCCGAUGCGACACCACAGCAGCCCGUCAAGCGCUCAUGGAGGCGCAAGUACCGCAAGAUGCGCGUCAAGUUUGACCAGGCCAUCACCACCAGCAACCGCCUCAUCACCGACGAAUGGAAGGCCAUGGGCACCGCGCGCCGUCUGGCCGAGGGCAACGACCAGCUGCUCGACGCCCUCCUCGACAUCAACGAGCAGACACGUGCCCCGGCCCGUCUGCGCUUCAACCUUGAUCCGCCCGGUACGGUCGUGCCUGCCGUAGCUGGCCCAGACCCUGAAGCCAUUCGGCAACAGCUGCACGAGCUGCGGGAAGCUGCGUCCAGCGGAGCUAUCACGCAGGAGGAGUACAUCGCCCGCGCCGAGCUUCUGCACAACUCGCAGGCGAUACGGCAGACCCUCAAGUCGCUUGCAGACCUCGAAUCACGUGUGGCGCACUCCACCCGCGAAGACUUGCCCGACCACCCUCUCGACGGCCUGGACCUCUCCGAGAAUGCGCCUGGCUACAUGUCACCGUCGCACGAAGAAGAAUACCUCGCCGCCCUCGACCAAGUCCUUGCGCAGCCCGACUUCGACCCAUCGAUGCAAGAAGGCCGUCCAAUACGCACGGCUGCGUGCCAUCCGCCGCUGUCGGAGAAGGACCUGACUAUACGCAACCCUGACAGUGUCUACAACUGGCUGCGCAAACACCAACCACAGGUCUUUCUGCAAGACAAGGACGCCGCGCACCAUGAGAACAUGUCCGAGAAGUCAGCACCAAAAGCAAGUGCAAGCAGUCGGAAGAGCAUCAAGCGGGAGUCUGCUGUUGGCGGAGGCACACCCGCACCGCGCGAAAACGACGAUGAGGACUCUGUUGCUGGCGAGACGGGCGCAAAGGGACGCCGGAAAACUACAGGAGGUGGCGAGGACGACACAGCAUACCGACCCAAGGGUGGAAGCAGUCGGCCCGCGAAGCGCAAGCGUGAAGACGGCGACACGCCGGUUGCUAAGAGCAAGAAGAAGAGUCGUGCGAGCACUGGGGCCGCUGUCAGUGCAGCGAAGAACAACAACGAGACCUGA